GCAGCCUGGGUUUAGUUCAGUGUGAGGUCGCGGAGGAGGAUGUUGUUGUCAUGAGUAGUGCAGUAGUCUCACUCACAUUUGGAUGUUAUAAAGUAAUGGACUGAUUUCCACCUGCAUACAAAAUGGUGAGAGACAGAAAGUGCAUCCUUUGUGAAACAGUCCAUCUCUCCAAGCAGGAGAUGGAUGAGCACAUGAGAAGUAUGCUGCACCACCGUGAGCUGGAGAAGCUCAAAGGCCGGGACUGUGGACACGAGUGCACAGUGUGCAAGGUAACAGUGGUGAGCCUGACUGAUUUUGCCAACCACAUUUCCAGUCCCACACACAAGCAGAAUGUAGAGACUGCAGAACAAAGGACUCAUGGGAGCUGUCACAGUGAGGACUACUUCGACCAGACACUGGUGGACCUGAUUGAGAAGAGAAAAGAGCAGAUCAGAAAAGAGAAGGAGGCUGCUGCUGCAAAGCUGGCAAAAGAAGAAGCGGAUCGAAGGAGAAAAGAGGAGUUUCAGCAGAGGUUGAAGGAAACUAAGGAGCGUUACCUGAUGACAUGUGGCUGGCAGCAGCCAUCAGGGGGUUUCAGUGGAUCCAGUCAGCAUGGUUCUUGGUACAGGAGCAACCAAUAUGAUGCCAGAUCAGGAGAGGCACAACCCUGGCACCGCAAAAACCAGGGAAAAAGCGCCACUUGGCAUGCUCAGGAGCCUCCCGACCUUCAGAAAUGGGCAUCUGGAGAGUUUUCCAGUGGAAACAUGCAUAACAGGAAGCAGUGGGAUCAGCAUGCAUUUUCUAGCAAGCAACAAAGUCGACUGCCUUGGCUCAGCAGUGGAGGCAGUAGUAAUGGGCUCUAUGGUCAGAACAAUGUGUCCCAGUUCACACAAAAGGGCCGGCCCUUGAGCUUCUGUGGGAUGCCUCCUAUGAAUCCACCUCCACCAAAUCUUUUCCCCAGGCCUGUUUACCAGGUUCAGAAUACAGCCAGCAACCAGGGUGGUCAGCAGGACAAAGGUUUUCAGAUUGGGAAUGGGCAAACAGCAGAGUUUGACUGCAACAGUAGCAGGUGCUCAAACAGCUUUGGUAGUAAUCCCAAGCUGGACAAAGCCUGUCGCUGGUCACCCUAUCCAGUCACAAAGGGGCUUGAAUCUGUGCCUCAUAAAGACAGCAACCCAUACUUGUCUGAUAAGUGUUCCAAAACCCAGAAGCAAGACAAAGCACCAGAAACCAAUGGCUUUAAUAGGCAACCCAGGACUGAACAGAAACCGCAGCAGUUAACAUUGGAUAGACAAAAUGUAGAAGAGACAGGGAGGGAUAAAACGAACCCCAAAACCAAGCCUAGAGGUAAGAGCAGCAGCAGCAGUGCUCAGAGAGAGAGCCACCAGAAGUCGUCUGGUCCCAAUGAGAAGGCAAAUAAGCCGUUGCUAAAUAAAGAUCUGAAGAUGUCUUCAUUUGGUGGUCUCCACAGUGGCGCUCAACUCAGUAAGGCCUCCAGUCAAGUGCAUUCACAAUCAAAGCCAAACACAAAGCAGAGUAAACUCAGUUCCAAGGCUCCUGCUAUUGGACCUCUGCAUUCAAAGAAAGAACGGCAGCUGUCAGAACCCUUCAGGAAAGUCAGACUGAUGCGCUCAGAAAAGAGGGGAUCUUUGGAUAGCUCCAGUAACAGUAAGCUGGAAGUGGCACAGCAAAUUGUUAAGGAGCAACAGAGUGAUCAUGCACAGAGUCAGAUAGGAGUAAACAAAGAAAACAGCUGUAGGCAGAAUGCAGCUAAACCAAAUGUUCCUGACCCAGUCGGUCCAGAAAAAUGCACAUUGUCAUCUUCAGACAGCAGCCUGUUUCUCCAGUCCUUACAAGUUACCACCUCUAUCAUGGAGAGCUCAGAGCCCACAUGCUCAGGCAGGGAAGAUGAGGAGAAGAAGAAGAAAGUAGAGAAAGAACCCAGUUCCAUGUCUGUGCAGGCUGUGGAGGCAGGGCAGAGCUCAGAGAGUGACACCUCCAGGAGCAGUGAAGCACACAUACUUUCAGGGUCACACACAUCAGGUCUAUCCAAACUUGACCUGCCUCUUGCCUUAAAACGUGACCUGACCAAACACAUCAGCUCCAAGAGUAAAACAGGCAGCCACGAGCCCAACCUGAACAUCGCUAGACGGGUCCGAAACGUGACCGAGUUGCGGAGAAGUGACACAGAAAAGGACUCGGGGCUCAAACCGACUGUACGGCAGCUCAUCAGCUCGUCCGGGUCUUGGCGCAGUGUUAACUGGGAGCAGGUUUAUCAGGAGCUCAGGAAGAAACAAGAUAAAGGGAAAGGCAUGCCAAGGUUUGGGAUAGAGAUGGUGCCAUGCGACCAGGAGGACCAGAGCCAGGAGGAAGAUGACAUUACCCUGCUAGAGGGUUUUCACUGGGAAAUGAUGGACAGCUCUCCUCCAUGUGCCUCUCGAAAACGGUCCUUGUCAGAGAGCAGCAUCGCUCCUACAUCCGUUCACUCACUGUUUACACAGAGAGAAGGCCUCGGGUCAGAACAGCAGGGAUCUUCUGUUUCUCCCACAGUGGCUCAAGGGAACAAAGACAGUCACUGUCAGCAAGAGGUGGGGCAGAUGCUUGGUCAGUUUGAGGUUAAAACACAGAAGCAGCCAGACAAGCUAACGUCAGCAGCAGUGAAGACCCUGCAACGAUCUGAUUCAGUGCUCGAGGAUAGCAGUUCAGGGACGGAGCAGUGCGAUGCUCAGGGAGCAGGCAAGAGGCGACGAGCAUCUGGUGAUGUUCCAAGUGCAGAGACUUCUAGUGUGGAACACAUUAACAAAAGGAGGAAGGUCAAAUCCAAAAAAGAGCGUUUACAGAUUGAUCAGCUGCUAGCUGUUUCUCUGCGGGAGGAAGAGCUGAGUUGCUCCCUGCAGGCUGUGGACACCGGCCUGAUCCAGGCCCGGGCUACACUGGAGGCCGCCUACAUCGAGGUGCAGCGGCUCAUUUUGGUCAAACAGCAGGUGACUGCAGAAAUGAGCACACUGAGGAACAAGCGCAUUGAGUUACUAAAAGGGAUGCAAGGUAGUUUGGAAGAAGCACCUCAGGUCAAACUGAAAGAAGAGAAGAUGGAUUCAGUAGCUGCAGAGCCACACAUGCCCUCCUCUGUUAUGGACAGUGCUGCUGCUGCCCCCAGUCCUGGUCCUCCUGUCCAGCGUGCCUCCCCUUCCUCCUUCAUGUCUGUGGUUAUCAAGCAGGAGCCACAGUCUCCUGUCUAUAUCAACUCAGACCUGGACCUUGUGGACAAUAUAAGCCACUGUGCUCACAGCACCACACCAGAGCUGCCUGUCACUCCUACUGCAGAAUCUCCACCAGGCCUUGCCCUUAACUUACAGACAUCUCCUGAAAGAAAAUCUGUGCAGUGCCAAACUAAAACAGAACAUAUCUGGGAGCCUGCAGACUGUAAAGAGGGCUUGGCUGAGACAAUACAAAAGGCCACAGAGUUGACCAGACACUGCAGCAGCCCUUUGCCUGACUCCAAAUCCUCCAUAAAGCUCCUCUCACCCAGCAGGAAGGACUCUGAUGCAGGGAGCAUUGUCGACAAUGCAGCCACACAGUCCCCCACUGUGCCUUCAGUCUUUAAUCUGCCUGCCUCUCCAUCUGAACUGAGGAGUGGAAAGCGUGUGAGGAAGCUGAAGAAGAGGAAGGUGUUGAAGAAAGCUCAAGGGAUGGAGCAGCCAGAGAGCAGUGAUACCGAGAUAGACAGAGAUGCCUCGAGACCAAGGUGGCUCCGAACACGCAGGAGACCCAGCGGAGGCUCUCAGGUUAGCACCUCCACUCUGCCUACAGAAGGUGGAGAGGGUGACUUGACCAGGGAGGGCAGCGAGGAGGUGGUUGGGCUGCAGUUUCCGACAGACAGAUAUGAGAAAGUAGAUAGCAAGUCCCUCAAACACCCGGUGGAGCUUCCUCAGGUGGCCCCCGGUGAGCUGACAGUGAACUUGGACUCAGAAGAACACAUGGAGGUCACCACAGCUGCUCAGCAGCCCCAUACAGAUGUCCUGCUUCUGGCUCCCCCUCCGGCCCAGGUGCAGGUCACCUCCAGAUCUGGGUCACAGAGCCUGGCCUGCAGCGAGGUCACCUCCACCAGUGACAUGGAUAUAUGUAAAUCCUCUGAGAGCGACGUGCCAUUUCCCAUCACACUGCCAACGACCUCAUCAGAUGCAUCUUCUGACCACGGCGAAGACGAUAUGCCGACUGAGGGGGUGUUCGAGGGCCACCAUGAGGCAGUGAACGCCAUGCAGAUCCACGACGGGCUGCUGUACACGUGCUCAGGAGACCGAACCGUCAGAGCCUUCGACCUGGUGAGUCAUAAGUGUGUGGGUGUGUUUGAGGGUCACACCUCCAAAGUGAGCUGCCUGUUGGUGUCUGCAGUUCCCAAGCUCCAUCAUCGCCUUUAUUCUGGUUCCAGUGAUCAGACCAUCCGCUGCUACAUUCUCAAGACACAAGAGCUUGAGCAGCAGUUUUCUCUCUCAGACCGAGUCCUCUGCCUCCACAGCCGCUGGAGGACUUUGUACGCAGGCCUGGCCAACGGCACAGUGGUGACCUUUAACCUCAAGACAAACAAGCAGAUGGAUGUGUUCGAGUGCCACGGGCCCCGGGCCGUGAGCUGUCUGGCCUCGUCGCAGGAGGGGGCCCGGCGGAUCCUGCUGGUCGGCUCCUACGACAGCACCAUCACCGUGAGAGACGCCAAGAACGGACUCCUGCUGCGCACGCUGAAGGGCCACACCAAAACCGUCCUCUGCAUGAAGGUGGUCAGUGAUCUGGUAUUUAGCGGAUCCAGUGAUCAAUGUGUCUACGUGCACAACAUCCAUUCAGGUGAGCUGGUGCGGGUCUACAGGGGUCACAGUCAUGCUGUUACUGUAGUGGCUGUCCUGGGGAAAGUGAUGGUGACCGCCUGCCUGGACAAACUGGUCCGUGUCUACGAUCUACAGUCUCAUGAGCAGCUACAGGUCUAUGGUGGACACAAGGACAUGGUGAUGUGCAUGGCUGUCCACAGGAACAUGAUCUACACAGGAUGUUAUGAUGGCAGCGUUCAGGCCGUCAAACUGAACUUGAUGCAGAACUACCGCUGCUGGUGGCACGGCUGUUCGCUGGUCUUCGGGCUGAUGGAGCAUCUGCAGCACCACCUGAUCAACAUCCACACCGGUGCCAACCUCAAGAUGCUAAAGUGCCACUGGAAAAACUGUGAAGAGUUUUUCUGUGCACGCAACAGCUCCAAGCAGGGGAUUCUGAUGCACAUGCAGAAACAUGCUGAGGAGGAGACAGAAGUGGAGCCUUAAGGGCUGAUGGUGGGAACAGUUUCCUCCUGAGCCCUCUUUCCUUUCCUGUUAGCUUUGCCCCCCCUCCUUGCCGUUAACCUCCCAUAUUGGGGGUGGGGGGUGUUCUUGGGACCCAUUUAACUUGACAAUGACGACUCCAUCCUUUAUGUUCAGUGUUGGAAUCCAACCUUGAGAAGUCAUUAGAGGAAGGCUGGUUGUGCUGUUUUUUUACGUUCUGCAGAACAUGCCUUCCUCUCAGUCUGACUGCUGCCGUUCUUCUUUUCACUGACCAAAGACAAAGAAACAUGACUUUUGUUCAUUGAAGAAACUUCAGUGUUGCCAGUGUCAGAGGAAUUUGUUCUGCUUUUCUGUUGAAACUGCAACAAAACUAAUAUUUGUCCUGCAGAUUGGUUGGCUGCAAUAUGGUUCAGAGAUGUUUUUAUUGUGCAGUUGUGAUGUGUUGAGCAACCAGGAUCUUUUUUUUUUUCUUCUUAUAUGAAGUUGUCAUCAUUCACUCAAAGUAACCUUAUGUUUAUGACAGUGGUUUAAAGUUUUCACAAAAUCUUGGUGUAGCGUCUCAGGCCGUGUUUUUGAUUAAUGACAUGGUUGUUUUGAAGGUUUCAUUGAAGUGUCAGGAUUUAUUUAUUUAUUUUUGGUUUGGAUUUCAUUUUCAGAAGAACCCAGUUUUCUAAAAAUCUUUUUGUUUCGUUAGCAGUGAAGGAUUUUUACGGUUGCUCAUUCAGGUGAUUGAAAGGUGUUGAGGAACUUUGGU